AGACGCGCGUUCCCGGGGCAGGGAGUGUGGAGGAGCCGUGCUGGGUCCUGGGCGGAAGGCGAGUCCCCGGCGGGUACCGAACCCAGCCGUUGCGCAUUUUCUUUGAUCCAAUUAUGGUGAAAAAAUGUUCAGAAAAGGGAAAAAACGACACAGCAGCAGCAGCUCCCAAAGCAGUGAAAUCAGUACUAAAAGCAAGUCUGUUGACUCUAGUCUUGGUGGACUUUCCAGAUCUAGUACUGUCGCUAGUCUAGAUACAGACUCCACUAAAAGUUCAGGACAAAGCAACAGUAAUUCAGAUACCUGUGCAGAAUUUAGAGUUAAAUAUGUUGGUGCCAUUGAAAAAUUGAAACUUGAUGAGAGCAAGAGUCUGGAGGGGCCAUUGGACUUGAUAAAUUUCAUAGAUGUGGCACAGCAAGACGGAAAGUUACCUUUUGUUCCAGCUGAAGAAGAGUUCAUUAUGGGAGUUUCCAAGUACGGUAUUAAAGUCUCAACAUCUGAUCAGUAUGAUGUUUUACAUAGACAUGCUCUGUAUUUAAUUGUGCGGAUGGUCUGCUACGACGACGGUCUGGGAGCAGGAAAGAGUUUAUUGGCUUUGAAGACGACAGAUGCAAGUUAUGAAGAAUACAGUCUCUGGGUGUAUCAGUGUAAUAGUCUGGAACAAGCACAAGCUAUUUGCAAAGUGUUAUCAACAGCCUUUGACUCAGUUUUAACAUCAGAGAAGUCUUGAAUUUCUGCAGCUGUGUGUCAUGGUACAGUAUAAGAACCCUUCAUGCUGGAAGGAAGUACUGCUCCCCUUUGUGACUAUAGGCACUGACCAAGCAUUUCAGAAUGGAAUAAGGGUGAGCCUUUAACUGCUUGAAGAAGGAUCAUUAACACUGUGCAAAAGGAGAACAAUAGAACUUUGUAAAUAGGACAGAAGUUAUUUUGAUAUUUACCCUGGUGACAAUUGGAAACCCACAACCCAACCAAGACUUACCUGAAGAAGUCAUUGCAGAGUAUCGCUGAUCUUACAUUUCAAUUCAUAUAAAACCAUGAUCAGUUCAUUUUAUACUGCACAUGAAGUUUGUACCAAAUAGUGUUUUUUACAUGAAUGUAAAUAUUGCAGGACUGCAAAAUAAAAGUUGGACACU